CUCAAUAAAGUCUACGAUUGGUUCGAAGAACAUCUUGAGAUUCAGGCCAUUGCCGAUGAUAUAACUAGUAAAUAUGUCCCUCCUCAUGUCAAUAUAUUUUAUUGUCUAGGAGGAAUUACACUUACUUGUUUUUUAGUGCAAGUAGCGACGGGUUUUGCUAUGACUUUUUAUUAUCGUCCAACCGUUACGGAGGGUUUUGCUUCUGUUCAAUAUAUAAUGACCGAGGCUAACUUUGGUUGGUUAAUCCGAUCAGUUCAUCGAUGGUCAGCAAGUAUGAUAGUCUUAAUGAUGAUCUUGCACGUAUUUUGCGUGUAUCUCACUGGUGGUUUUAAAAAACCUCGUGAAUUGACUUGGGUUACAGGUGCAGUUUUGGGUGUAUUGACUGCAUCCUUCGGUGUAACUAGUUAUUCUUUACCUUGGGACCAAAUCGGUUAUUGGGCAGUCAAAAUUGUAACAGGUGUACCCGACGUUAUUCCUGUAAUAGGAUCCUCAGUGGUAGAGUUAUUGUGCCGCAGCGCGAGUGCGGGACAAUCUACCUUGACUCGUUUUUAUAGUUUACAUACUUUUGUAUUACCUCUUCUUACUGCCGUAUUCAUGUUAAUGCACUUUCCAAUGAUACGUAAGCAAGGAAUUUCUGGAUGCAUCUAUAAGAAUUCACCUAUCCCAAUAACAAAAAAACAUGACUUGACUGAUCCUGUAUUAAGAGCUAAAUUGGCCAAAGGUAUGGGUCAUAAUUAUUAUGGCAAACCCGCAUGGCCUAACGAUAUUUUAUAUAUUUUUCCAGUAGUGACUCUGGGGACUAUUGCCUGUAACGUGGGCUUAGCGGUUCUCGAACCAUCAAUGAUUGUGGAACCCGCGGAUCCGUUUGCAACUUCUUUAGAAAUAUUACCCGAAUGGUAUUUUUUUCCCGUAUUUCAAAUACUUCGUACCGUACCCAAUAAAUUAUUGGGCGUUCUUUUAAUGGUUUCAAUACCCAUGGGAUUAUUAACAGUACCCUCUUUGGAGAAUGUUAAUAAGUUCCAAAACCCAUUUUGGCGUCUAGUAGCAACAAUUGUCUUUUUGAUUGGUACCGUCGUGGCUCUUUGGUUGGGUAUUGGAGCAACAUUACCUAUUGAAAAAUCCCUAACGUUAGGUAUUUAUUAA